UGAAGUUCGCUCGCUUCCGCCUACUCGGGCACGUUCGGGAGCUGUAAAACUUUUAAAUGGAAAAACGAUGAGUUUCCUUCCGUUUUUAUUUACGUAUACGUAUAAAUUGCGCCACAUAAAAAUUGAUACGUUCGAUGAUAAACAGGAAGUGAUAUUGUUUUUCACGAAUCCGUAUAUUAAGAAUGCGAGCAUACCGCCUACAGCUGAAUCGCAGUAUCGAUUUUCAGAUACGGUCAUGAAUACGGGAACCGCGUUCUGGAUUCUUAUCGCUUUUCAUUCGAUCUUCAAUUUCGAAUGUUGUUACAGCCACGACAGACCUAAGAUAGUUACAUACGGCGAUCCUUGCAUCGCGACACGCCAAUUACCAAUCAAGAUCGAGGGACCUAAACCACCCGUAGAGGACGAGAAGAUACCUGUGUCGUUGAAUUUUAGAGUUGUUUCGGAUAUGUAUGUGCAACCACGUCGCGACGAAUACUCGAUAACAAUAGAUGUGCCUUCUACUUCUAUUAAAUCGCAAUCAGACAGUGUCAUUAUAGACGAUACAUCGCGAGGAACAUUUUACACGUACAAUACUCACGUUCCUCCUGCUGUCGAGGCACCGCCAGCCUCCAAACAUUAUAACUUCGUAAUUGACGAGACAGUUCGGAACAUUGAUAUUCCUCAAGGCAACGAGCAAUCCGAAGGAAUGUUUCAUCAACGAUUGAAGGGACUCAGAACUCGUAUCGAUACAGUGCUUGUUCCUGCUUGCGAGGUUCAGCCAUCUUACGAAUGUUAAGCUACUUGAGGAAUAUGAAAUUUCUGUAAAUACAAGAAGCAUGAUGUAAUACAGGCUAAUAAAAUCAAUCGAACGAAUAAUAAUAUAUCGUUUCC